AUGCUUUUCUCCUCGCUCCCCCCGGCCAUUCUCCUCCUCCUCUUAACCUCAUUCGCCGCCGCAAAAGCAGGAGAUCGCACAUUAUCCCUCUUCCCUGCGAUCCCAGAAGUCACUGAGAUCGCAGCCAACUCGUCCUUAUUUGCUAUAAUAAAAGAAACAGGAGCAGCCAGCACAAACUAUGGUAUAAACGCCAAGAGUCAAAAACCAAUCGAAACUGGAACUGGAACUGGAACUGGAACUGGAACUGGAACUGGAACUGGAACUGGAACUGGAACUGGAACUGCAACCGCAACCGCAAUAGCAGCAGUAUCAGCCGGCGUCGAUACAAACUUUUAUAUCGACGUUACAACAUUUCCAAAUCAAAACAGUCAAGUACUGAAUUACUUCACCGGAGCAUUCCCACCUACGCGAGUCGCCGAGGUGACAUGCAGUUUCGAAGGUACAACGAGUGCGGUAUGCCAAGUCACAAGGUUGGCCAAAGAGACAGGGAAAGCAAUCGCACCUGGUAGUUUGACUUCUUCAGAAGUCACCUAUGCGCCAGCACAGAUGACUUUCCAACCGAUAGUAUUCCAGAUGGCCUCCGCAGACUCAAGCGCAAGCAGUUUGAGGAUCUUCGGAGUACCGGCAUUGGUGGCGUAUAUGGUGGCGGCAGUUAUCAUGCUGUUUUGA